GAUUUCUCAGUCACAAAAAAGUCAAACUUUUUACGAAAAGUCCAUCAAAGUUGUUCUUAGAGAAAAUUUAUUUAAAUAGUUCCCAACUAUUAAAGAUGUCUGCGUUUGCGAGGAGCGCCCGAUUUGGUUGCCCUUCAAGGUCAAAUAUGUUGACGCUGAAAUUUGACAAGUCAUCGCUUUGCCCUCGAAAGGUGGUUAUCCCACCUUCCUCUUGCAAGCGGCCGAGCUCGACACUGAGCAAGAAAGGGAGCGAUUGGAAGCCACCGGUGAUCAGAGGGAACGAAGCAGUCUCAACACAGCUUAGUGCAGUCCCUGAUAAUACGGCAGCACCUGCUUGCCGACAAGAAAGUCGCGAAUUUGCAAAGAAGACCAAGCACUCUACUAGGGUGGGGGUGGUCCCAGUUAUCUCGGGAGCUAGGAUUCAAGAAGAUUUAAAACACUACCAACAACAAACUGAAACCUUGGAAAGUCUUCUUGCCACAGAAAAUCAUAACAAUGAAAACCUGAUGAACAAAAACCUCCUCCUUAAAGCCGAAUUAAAUAAGCUAAAAUAUGAGCUUAAAGUCAAAGACAACAAAAUUGAAUCCCUUCAAGAUGAGCUUGAACGUAUGGAAAAUGAGAAAACAGAGCUAAGGGUGGAGCUGAGGGGAGCAGAGAAGUCUACAGAGGCCACCAAGGGUGUGAUGGCGACGAUGAAAGAAAUGCUCACGAAGACUGAUGAGCAGAAAUUAGCUCUGCAGAAGUACAUUGAUGAUCUUGAGCUGGAGAACAGUGAACUCACGUCACAGCUCGGUAGAUCAUUAGAUAAUCUGAAACAACUCGACCAGAUCCAUGAGAACACAGCAGUCUCCAGUGAGAAUGCCCUUGAGAGAAUGUCAGGACAGGUUGAUGUGCUGAAUACAGCGCUCGAAAAGCUAAGAGAAGAGAAUUCAAGACUAAAGAGUAAGCUAGGUGCUAUAAAGGAUCAUGCUUGGGAAUAUGUACCCAAAGAGACUCCCAAAACAUCCAGUGCCUCACAGAAAGUCAUCAAGCUAUCAAGUCCAUCUACAGACCUGACACCAGACCAGGUGCACAACCAUGUCUUCCUGGCACAAACAACUCUCAGUCAAUCAGAGAGGGAGCUAAUUAGCCAGCGCAACUUGAGCCGUUUAAGGAUGGUCCGUGUUAACCUGAUAGACGCUCUGAAUAAUGGGAGUGGUCAUGUGACAGGCAAGCCCCUAGGAGCACCUCUGAUAGCUGGACAAGUGCACCAUUGUUAGUGGUCUAGCCUCUGCAAUAGACUGGCUGUGCUUUGCCCUGAGGGAGCUGAAUAUGUACCCCACUUGGGAAAACAAUGAAAACAAGUGUAUCAAACUGUAAUUAAUAAUAGAAAUAUUAUAUAAUUGGGCUGAUUUCAGUAUGAUGUGAAUAUCUUAAUAAACUGACAGCCAUACAUUACCUAGAGAGUAAUAAUUGUUAUCAUUUGAUAUUUAUUUUGUUCAAAUGUAGUGUAAUUUAUAACUCUCAGGCAGGUGGGGGCAAUUGCAGAAUAGUCAAACAAGACAGACCAUACGACAGUACUUUAGCAAGGGGUAGGCACUGGGGUAUGUGCAUCCCCCUGAUAUGUACUAGGAGAAUGUAUAUUAGUGGGCUUGUAUUCUUAAGUUUAGUGCCUCACACAGCCAGCAGGUCCACUUUUGCAAGGUUAUGCCAGAGCAAUGGUACAAACUACAUACUUAAUGAAGCAGAAACUUUAUUCGGAUCGUGCCAUGUUAUGUUUGCACUUGGUAUAGCCAGGAAAGAAAGAGGAUUAUGGUAAAGGGUCAUAAGAAUCAUUAAGUAAAAGUGUUGUUUAUCAUUAUUAAUACAAUGCUAAAAUGCUUCAUCUCA